AUGUCCCUCUACCGGAGGAAAGGUCGAGGUCAAUAUGACCAGAGCGAGCGAGCCAGCCGCGCUAGUGCCCAGUCUCAGUAUUAUAUGCACAUACCACGAAGUGCCAAUGCUUCUCAGCUUACAGGAUAUCCUCCAGACAUCCAGCAAAGCCUCGACACCGUUCAGGUAUUCGCCGCAGCACGAAUGGCAAAAAAAUGCCAUAAGUGCGGCUCAGGUCUGACGGACGGGUUUUCAGCAAGGAAUUGGAUCCGCAACUGGUCUCAGAGAGCAAAUAAUCGCCCCGAAAACGCCGCUACUUUUUGCUCUGCGACUUGCCCCGAGUGUGGAGUCCUCACCUGCCUUGGUUGCGGCCACAGGCCACGCAGAAACAAGCAGCCUCAUCAAAUUAACGGGUAUUAUGUCGAUUGGUGUUGCCGCGAAGGAAGGAUGUUUGGAAUGUGGGCAUUAUUGGCUAGGUAUGACCAAGUUGAGUUGGAAUUCCAAGCAUCCAGCUCGAAUUCCGAUGGCCCAGGCCUGAGAAGGCGCUUGCCCAGGAGAGGGGCGAGCGACACUCAAGAUUCAAGGGGCAUCGGAUACGCUGACCGUGGUAACUAUAAUCCCUGGGCGAAUUUGUUCCAUGGUGGGCCUGGCGGACCUCCGUCAGCUUUAUCACGCCCCAUCGAGUUCCAUGGCUCGGAUUCAAAGUCUGAUAGGUUUUUAACUGUAACAUUUCACGUGGUGAAAGAACUGACACCAAGCACUGCGAAUAAAGAUUUGUCGCCAGAACUUCGAGGGAUGCUCCAGCUCAGCUUUCUAAUUGACAAGUUGGCGGAACUGUUACGCAACGACUCGUUGGAGGAUAUCACAUCACGCGCAGAAGUUUACACGGCUGCAUUUCAGUUUGUCAAGAAGCUGGGUGCUCAUCCUGAGUUAGUUUCACUUGUCCAAACACUCCGCCACCACAAGCGUCAAACCUCUGGGUUGGAGUCUCUCACUUUGAGAUCAACUGCACACGACCAUGGAGGCAAUCGGGUCUUGAUUCUGGGUGAGACCAUACCUUCAGUGGCUGAAAGACUGCGAAAGCUGGCCAGACAGAGCGAUAUCAUAUUAGGUACGAGGGAGAGUGAGGGUUUGACGUCGAGGGCAGGGAAAAAUAUGCUUGAUAUAUGCGAAGAGAUAACUGACGUCUAUGCAAUCAUUGCCCCGAGGAGAAACCAGACUGUCAACGAUCCUCAGACAGUAGAUAAAUAUGCGGAAUAUCAUCAACAGUAUUGCCUUAUGCGAGAUGAGAGCAUUUUGGAUCAGGGCCAUAAGUUCAACACCCUCGCAUCACGCAUGAUGUACUCACCGCAAGGACGGAUAAAACGAUUGAUGGUGGAACUUGCCAAUAUGGCAACGUCACUUCCAGUGGGAAUAUAUGUUAAAGCAAGCGAGAGUCGCCCAGAUUUGAUGCGGUGUCUUAUCAUGGGACCACCGGACAGCCCGUAUGGGUAUGGUCUCUUUGAUUUCGAUUUGCUGUGCAAAGAAACUUAUCCAAAAGAGCCGCCUAUCAUGGCAUGCCGCACCGCUCAGGAGUGCAGAGGUCAGCUUAAUCCAAAUCUCCACCCAGACGGGAAAGUUUGCCUCUCGCUACUCGGUACAUGGAGGGAAGGAGACGCCGCAGCGCAAUGGCAGCCUGGAAAGUCCACCAUUCUCUCCGUGCUUAUUAGCAUCCAGGCAAUGAUAUUCACAGAAGAUCCAUUCAGGAAUGAACCAGCAAACACUAACAGGGUUGGAAGGAGAGCUGACAGGGAAGCACAGAUGACUAUCCAGAAGAUCCAACCUUUGACUAUUGAAUACGGCAUGCUGGCAUGGUUGGAAAAACAGCAAAGGCUUAACGGAGUAUGGGGUAAUAUCGUCAAGGCGCACUUCAAGCUCAAUAAAGAAAAAAUUCUAACCAAUAUUAACAAAUGGGCGCAGAGCAAUCCGGCCGUUGGUCGAGGAUAUGAAUGGUACAGGAGUGGCGUGUCACCAGUCGAGCGGCUUAGAAGACAACUUGACAGUCUCAGUGGGUUUUCAUAA